AUGGACAUUGAUUGGACGGCGAACACGCUGCCCGGAGAUGCAGGCACGUAUGUCCCGUACGACGAACAAGAAGUCGGUGCCUUGGCGGCAGAUCUGCUUGCGCAUCUUGAGCGCGACUCCGAUGACGCGACCGAUGAGCUGCCAGAUCUCGUGCAGGAUUCGGAUGAUGAGGAGGACGAAAGGGACGAGCCGGACGAAGGCGAGGACGAGGACGAGGACGAGGACGAGGACAAUGAGGGGGAGGAGGACAAUGAGGACGAAGGUGUCGCCCAUUCCGCCGAUAGUGACUCCACGCCUUCAACCGGGCGGCGACAUCGGCGCGUCUUCGACGACACCAACAAUCCGUGGUAUCCCUGGCCAGACAAGGAGACGUGCAUUGUUGAUGUCCUUCGACACGUCCCGCGGUGCGCGUUUUCGACGAAGCAGAACCAAGUCAUACACUGGGCCAUGUCCGUCCUGGGAAUUCACGACGUGCCUACCGAGCGGACAAUGAAGGAUGUCGACAAGAAACUACAGUCAAUCUGCGGUGUUCAAAGUCUCCGCUUUGUUAGUGCGUUCUCGAAUAUAUACUACACCAAUGACAUUGCGGCUUUGAUAGCUCAGGAAAUGGCGAAUCCUCGGGUCCGCCGUCACCUCCACUUCUUGCCCGAGAAGACGAGUGGCAGUAUCUCCGAAGCGUGGCAGGCUGCGCGAUGGCUCGAUGAGCUCGACCCCGCCUUCCUAACGCAGUGCAUACGCAAGAAGGACGACAAGACACAGGACUUCUUUGUGUUCGAGCCAGCGCUUCUCAAGAACAGGCUCGCUUUCAUGCCCACUCGCUGGUUUAUCGAAGGAAAAUCCACAUACGCCAAAGGGUGGUACAUGUCCCUAGAUCCGCAACGCCGUGGAUGGAUAGUAGAAGAGCAUACUCCAGUCGUCGUUUGUGAGGAUGAUCUGGACCUCUCGCUCCCGCUUUUCCAUGAGCGACAUGCGAUAUAUCAGGUCCCCUCACCGCAGAGUAUUAUAGACCCUCGAGCUGGCAAUAAGUGGAGGAAGCGCGCGAAGGGGCAUCGCGUCGUCUCGUUUCCCUUAUGGCUAUACUGCGACGAUACCUCGGGCAAUACAUCGAAGAAGUGGAACAAGCACAACUCGUUCCUAUUCACCGCCGCUGGCCUUCCGCGUCGUCUGGUUCAUCAAGAAUAUAACAUACAUUUUGUGUCCACCUCAAACAUCGCCUCACCUCUCGAAAUGGCCGAAGGCAUAGUCGCGCAGAUCAAGCAAGCUCAAGAGCACGGCGUGUGGGCAUGGGACGCGGAAGAGCGCGACUAUGUCCUUGUUAUUCCAUCUGUUUUCGCUCUGCUCGGGGACAACCCGAUGCAAAGCGAGCUAUGCUGUCAUAGCGGGCUUGCUGCCAACCAUUUCUGUCGUGUCUGCUGGGUGGAAGGCAGCGACAUGGACGAUGAUAGCAAUGUCAUCAAAGCCCCAGAUGGUGGGGACACCAAUCUCCCCUUGUCGCGCGAGGCCUCACCCGCACCGGAAUCAACGCUGGGCUCCACAUCGGGUGCAAAAACGCGCAAGACCGAGACACUCGAGGAGGCAUCAGCUCGAAUAGGAUGCUUUAUGUCGAUCAGCGAACGCAUUCGCACGAAGGCAGAGACACUUGGUGUCCUGAUGGAGCAGUUUGUGCAUGCGAAGAGGGUCGGCGGCAAAACUGCGAUGAACAACAGGCGUACAGAGACAGGCAUUAGGGACUCGUACCAAGCACGCUUUCUCGAGGCGCUUACGGACCUGACGACCAAGAAAUCUCGCACGAAAGUCCAGAAGACGGCUGACUACUUCUGGCGCGACAUUAUCAGUCGCCUGAAGGCACCGGAGAAGGAAAUAUUGAAAGCGCGGCUCAGUUCCUUCGAUACCAGCGCGCUGAACAUCCCUCCGCUCUCGGGCGAGACCCUCGUUAGCUAUGCCGGCUCUCUUGUGGGGCGUGACUUUCGAGCUAUCGCUCAAGUCGCCCCAUUUGUACUACAUGACCUCGGGGUUCAUGACGACAUCCUCCGCGUCUGGAUGGCUUUGAGUAAGGUCGUCCCCCUCGUUUGGCAGCCCGAGAUAGAGGACAUGACACUAUACCUGCCUCGACUAUCCCGCUCUAUCAGGUAUCUCCUCGACUGCACCUGUAGAUUCGACGCACAAUGGUUCAACAAACCGAAAUUCCAUAUGCUUGUGCAUCUCCCCGAGCAUAUCAGACGGUUCGGACCCGCUAUGCUCUUCGCAACAGAAGGGUUCGAGUCUUUCAAUGCCAUCAUCCGUGCACGCAGUAUUCACAGCAACCGGCAUGCACCGUCGCGCGACAUUGCGCGCUCUAUGGCCCAAAGUAAUCGCAUUCGCCAUCUUGUCAGCGGGGGCUUCUUCCGCAUCCCUCGGGACGUCAAUCCAUCUGGCGGACUCGCAUCGUCGGCAUCCCACACACUACUUUCGCCCUGGAUGGACUCAGUGAGCCCGAUCUUGCCAAAAACGCACUGGCGAGCCAUUGGGAAGCAGCCCCUCGACUUGAUCAAUAGCCAGUCGUUCACAAAGAAGUUCCUUGGAAUAAUCAACGAGGACGAAGGGACGAGCAUUGCAGGUGCGUUUGAGCGCUUGCAUAAGGAUCUCGGAAAGCCCAAGUGCUGGGAGCGUACGGAGAUGUUCAAGCAUGCGCACGAAGUUCAGGGACCGGUACCGACGUAUGCGAGAGCUCAGGCAGUGUACACGCCACAGAAAAUCGGCCUUCCAUCGGUCAAUUGUACGCGUGGAGACUGGGUUCUGAUAGCGCGGCGUGAUACAGACACUCCCCAACUAGCGCGUAUACGGGAAAUUGUUUAUCAACAUGGCAAGUCGCAUGUCAUCCUCGUCCAUGAUUACACCGUCGGCGGGGUACACCCCUACUACGAAAUGCCAACGGUUCACCCGAAGCCGUCACUUCGAGUGAUAUCUGGAGAGGAUAUCCGCUGCCCCGUCUCCGUCGUGCACAAUUGCAAGGAUAAUCAAUGUCCUCUAUCUUCCACGCACAUUGUUCGUCAAGAAUCCGAGCAUACGCAGCAACGUGCUAGGCGUGUCGUGCACCACAACAUAGAUGAUCUCAUCCUCAACACGGGUCAGAUGCGGAGUUCCAAAGUGGUGGGGAAGCUUGCGGCCCCUGCCCCGUCACUGGAUCGGCAGUCGAUUGUCGUCGCCGCGGCUACCAAGCUUCUGGAAAAGAAGAAGCGCAAGAAAGCGCUGCCACCUCGAGAGCCACCCGUAGUGCCACAGUCCCAGGAGAGGAUACCGCCUACCAAUCCUAUCUCAACGACACGCUCCACGCAGUCUGAUUCACGAGAUUCCAACCUCGUCUCAGAGCAAUCUCUGCCCGAAGCCACAACGCCGUCGGUACAUCGCUGCCGUGAGCUACUACAUCUUCAAUCAUAUCUGCCUGAAUCGCUUCUGAUGGACAUAUCUUAG